AUGCUUGAUAUUAGCUAUAAGAAAGUAUUUAGUAUUGGAGAUCAUUUGUUUCCCGAAUUAGAAUUGAGACCAUUUCUACUUAACUUACCUUUAAACAAUAAUGAUAACACCAGGAAUGGAAUAAAGAAAAAAGUCUAUAGAAGCUUUUCUUACAAAAUUGAAGAGUACAGAAAAGAACUAAAUGUUUUCAAAGAUGAAAAUAAUGUCUUUAACUUAAUAUUUGACAAUCUUGAGAGUUUGGAUGAAGGUCUUGUGAGAAGCUUUUCUCAGGACCUAACUUUUAGUGACAAAGAUAGCAAGAUAGUUGAAGAUAUUAUAGAACUUCUAAGUGAUCCAAAUAUUUGUGGUUUUAUUUUUAUUAUAGCAAAACCAGUUUAUGAAGAGGAUCUAAAAAAGCCCAUUAACUUUAAGCCUGUUCUAGGAGCAGUAAUUGAGCUUGUAGAUGAUAAUGAAAGAGCAAUUCGAAUGAUAUUUUGUAAAAGAAGACUCCCCUAUGUUAUAUCUGAAAAGCUUAUUCGCCUCUCAAUUGGACGAAUUUUUAUUCAUGCAUUUAAGUGGAACUACGAUAAUGGAAAUAAUAAAAAGAAGAAUAACUCAAAAUUAAUUACUAUUCUGGAUGAGCACAUUCAAUUCUUUCCUAUUCCCGCCUAUAAUAUACUUAUUAAGGAAAUGAAUAUGUUGGCUCAUUGGGAAUUAUCUUCAAAGAAAAUUUCCCAUUCUGAUAAUUUUAAAACAAAAUGUUCUUGUCACAAAUUUUCAGAGUUAGAAAACUCCAGGAAAUUCUGGGGAAUCUCUGAAUCACGUUACAUAUCUACUAUUAAACUAAACCCUGAAAUUUUUGGCUCUUUAAUAAACUUGAGAGACUUUUCAAAUUGUAACUUCUUCAAAUGCUUACGAAACGAUCUGAAACAAAACGAAAACGACUCAAAAAUGUCUUCUUCCUCAAGCUCAGAUAAUGACUUAUUUUCUUCUAUUCAUAAAAAAAGAAAAAUUGUUUAG